GUUACGUUCCGCAACCACCCCGGCCAAAUUAUAUGAGAAUCUAAAGUCAAUCUGAUCGAAUGGCAUCUACGAUCUCACUUCCCCGUUCCCUGACGCCCCUUGCUCGGUCCCGGCCCAGAUUCCCUCCAUCUCGGAUGCACCGGAAUACAUGGAUCAAUGUUAGUGGUGCUUCUAGACUCUCCUAUUUCCCUCAUUCUCACUCUCAUUCUCCUCAUCUUUUUCUUCCGCUUCGCCAUCCUCUUCUUUUUCCUCCUCCUCCUCUUCAUUCUCUGCGCCGACCUAGUUCACCUCCUUUUCGACAUUCUCUCUCCCUAAUGACCCCUCCUCAAGCUUCUUCCGCCUCCGAUCACUCCUCUCCCGCCAAAACGGAUAGGGUUGUGAUCAAGGGUCGGGUUCAGGGGGUAUGGUACAGGAAUUGGACCAUCGAAAAUGCGACGCAAUUGGGACUAAAAGGUUGGGUGAGGAACAGGAAGGAUGGGUCUGUGGAGGCUCUAUUAUCCGGCAGCCCUGAAGUGGUGCAGGAAAUGGAGCAGAGGUGUCGCCGAGGCCCACCUCAUGCGGUGGUCACUGGGCUUGAAAUUUUCCCCAGCCAAGACGACCCUGGCACUGGAUUCGAGUGCAAGCCUACCGUCUAAUUACCGUGUCUAAAAAGAGAAUUGGUUCUUAUUGCCCUAGCUACUGUAGGUACUUACUGUCGUCAUAAACAGCAUAAAUAACGCACCUGAACAUUGAAUACUCACAGGAUUAUAUAUGGACGAUGUGGUUAUGAAUAUCUAAUAUCUAUUUACAGAGCAUAUGUCAGCUUGAAUAAUCUGGUUGCUUGAAAAAUGUUGCUUUUGUUUCUCCAAAAUGAAGUGGAAAUUAGGAUGAUGGCUCUGCGUAGUGAACAUCCUGGAAUGGGCACACGCUUGCGGGGCUUGCUAUGUAAUUUGUAGCCUUUUGUUGCUAGACGCUUCUGGUAUUAUGGAGACAUUCCUUCUGAGAAUUUAUUGUUGUU